CCUACAACGACUCGGUGCAGCUGGCGCGGAACGCGGCCUGCCCGGCCGGGCGCUACAACGAGCAGCCGGACGACGCGGUGCCCAACUACCCGAAGCGCGCCUGCCGCUUCGAGCGCUCCCGCCUCGGGCCCUGCGCCGGCCUCGGGCCCCAGCGCGACUUCGGCUACGGCAGCGGCCGGCCCUGCCUGCUGGUCAAGGUCAACCGGGUCAUCAACUUCUUCCCGGGCAAGAACAAGAGCAUCAACAUCGUCUGCGCCGCCAAGCACGAGGAGGACGCGGCCCUGCUGGGCCCCAUGCAGCUCUUCCCCCCCAACGGCACCAUCGACCUCAUGUACUUCCCCUACUACGGGAAACGCGUCCACGUGAACUACACGCAGCCGGUGGUGGCCGUGCAGUUCUCCAACGCCACGGCCAACGUGGACCACCACGUGGAGUGCCGCCUCAACGCCGCCGGCCUCCGCACCGACGACGAGCGCGACAAAUUCGCCGGGCGCGUGGCCUUCCGCCUCCGCAUCAACCGCGACUGACCCCGCCCGGAGCCCCCCGUAGCCCCCCGGCUCC